AUCACGAUCCUUCUGCCGACAUUACGACAUCUUUACCUCGACUACCAAAGCUUCAUCGCAUUAGGUCCGGGAGGCACACCGAAGACAAUCCUGGGCUAUUGCAAAGUGAAGGCAUUGGCCAUGUUCGCGCUCAGGGAUCCAUACGCGCCGCCAAAGAUACCGUGGUCCAUGACGAAGAGAGAGGGAUGUCUACCGCAGCUUCCUCAACGCUCAGGUCCUCGUCCGUCAACCCUCGGAAUUGCGCCGCAUCGCCAGACGAACCAGAAGCCAUCGCAAGAGGUCUACGAAAAACUGGCCGAUGCGCUACACGCCAUCGCGAAUGACAACCUUCACCUCCUCGAAGGUACAUCGUGCUUCGAGAAGCAUGGCACUGGUAUCUUCACCGACAGUCCACUGCGACGAACCUGCGGAGGAGAGAUCUGUCACGCGCAUCCAUCCGACGGUUCCCUACAUUUGACUCUACAUCUUGCCGACGCCAAAAUCAUGCUCGAAGCAGGUUGGGGUGAACGACACCCGCUUGCAAGAGGUGGUUGGAUGGAAAGAUUUGUUCCAGGAGGAUUCGCCAUGAUUUACGCGCCUCGAGACGACGAUGAGCUCAAGGUAGUCCUGGAGAUUGUACGGGCUGCGGCAUGGUAUGUUGGAGGUGAAGAAAUC